AUGACCGCCGCCACCCAUGGUGCCGCCAUCAUCGACCCCAAGAAGCUGAUCGGAAACGCUCUCCACCAGCGCGUCGAGGCCAUUGACCAUGAAAUGUGCGACCCUGGCGACGAGGAUACCUUCUUCGUCGCUGACCUCGGCGAAGUCUACCGCCAGCACCUCCGCUGGAAGAAGAACCUGCCCCGCAUCAAGCCCUUUUACGCCGUCAAGUGCAACCCCGAUCCCAGGGUCCUCAAGCUCCUUGCCCAGCUCGGAACCGGCUUCGACUGCGCCUCCAAGACGGAGAUUGAGCAGGUUCUGUCCAUCGGUACCCCGGCCGAUCGUAUCAUCUACGCCCAGCCCUGCAAGACCAACUCGUACGUCCGCUUCGUCAAGUCGGUCGGCGUCAAGCAGAUGACGUUUGACAAUGCCGACGAGCUCUACAAGAUCGCCAAGCUCUUCCCCGGGGCCGAGCUGUUCCUGCGCAUCACCACCGACGACACGUCGAGCCUGUGCCGCCUCAGCAUGAAGUUCGGCACUUCCAUGGAAACGACCGAGGGCCUGCUGACCCUCGCCCGCGACCUGGGCCUCAACGUCGUCGGCGUCAGCUUCCACGUCGGCUCCGGCGCCUCGGACCCCAUGGCCUUCAUCAAGGCCGUGCGCGACGCCCACGUCGUCUUCCAGCAGGGCCGCGAGCGCGGUUUCCACAUGCGCACCCUGGACGUCGGCGGCGGCUUCUGCGGCGACUCGUUCGAGGACAUGGCUGCCGUCCUCAGCGGCGUCCUCGACGAGUACUUCCCGGCCGGCUCCAACGUCGACAUCAUCGCUGAGCCCGGCCGGUACUACGUGUCGUCAGCCUUCACCAUCGCCUGCAACAUCAUCGCUCGUCGCACCGUCGAGGACCCCACCCUCGACGGCAAGAGCUACAUGGCCUACGUCAACGACGGCGUGUACGGAAACUUUUCCAGCAUCAUCUUUGACCACCAGAACCCCGUGCCGCGCAUCCUGCGCGCUCAGGGAAAGACCAUGUACGACACAGCCCCGUCCCACCCCGUCUCGGUCGGCGAGGGUAUCGAGUACUCGGUCUGGGGCCCCACGUGCGACGGCAUCGACCGCAUCACCGAGAGCGUCCGGUUCGGCACGGUGCUCGACGUAGGUGACUGGCUGUACUUUGAGCACAUGGGCGCCUAUACCAAGUGUUCGGCCACCCAGUUCAACGGCUUCUCCAACGCUCAUGACGUGAUUUACGUCUGCAGUGAGCCCGGGGCUCAGGCCUUGGUUGAUCUGUGA